AUGGAUCAAUUGACAAAAUUCUACGAACCCGGCCGCUCGUUCGCCAAAGACUCGAUUCGAUUGAUUAAACGCUGCACCAAGCCCGACCGCCGGGAGUUCCAGAAGAUUGCCAUCGCCACAGCCAUCGGAUUCUGCAUUAUGGGAUUCAUUGGUUUCUUCGUGAAACUGAUACAUAUCCCGAUCAACAACAUCAUCGUCGGAUCAUAA